UCUUCCACCUUAUUCCCCUAUAUAUAUUCACACAUCUUAACAUUUUAUAAUCACUCUCCCCCUCUUCUCAAACCUCCUUGCUUCUCUGCAAACAAGGCUAAAAUAAUGAUUACUAGGAAAAGAACUGAAAUGCGGCGGCUUUAUUUUGAAUUCAUGCUGGUUUUGAUUUUGCUUUUGCACAACUAUGAGCCAGUGGAUGGUUGGUGGUUCUCCUCUAAAGAGGCUGAUGCGAAUAAUCAGUACCGAGAAAGUGAUCAGUCCAUUCCGAAGGAUAUGGUAGCAGAAUUCUCAAUGGAGCCUCUGAAUAAUCAGAAGGGGAUCAAGUUGGUGGAGAAUGCGAGAAGAAUGGUGGUUUCCUCGAAUUCUUGCUGGCAAAAUGCUUAUAGAAAUCUGUUUGCAGGGUGUUCGGAGAUUCUUGCUGGUGAAGAGAUGAGGUCCAGGUUUGCGUGGCAUCUCAGUGACUGCUUUCAGAGGGAUUCUGGAAGGCCUGAUUUUCCUUACUGUGAUGUGAAAUCCUCCAUGAUGAGCUGUCGUAAAAAAUUGGAUGAGAAUGCUCAUAAAGUUUAUCUCGAGUUUUUUCUGGAAACCAACUCUAUAUGUCACCAAUUACAGGCUGAUGCAUUCAAACGUCAGAUGGAGAGGUUGGUAAAUGAAUUAAAGAAGAGCGCAGAAAAUACAGAAACCACAAUAGAGAAUAUAGGAGAGCGAGCAGAUGAACUUAUUGAGAGAUCAAAUCAAAUGAAAGAAUCUUUAUCGUUGGUUGAUCUUCGUACCAACCAAGUGGCUCAAACCUUGAAAAACGUUGGAGAUCAUGUCAAUCUUGUGUUAACUACUUCUGAAGCAGUUUAUGAGCUAUCUGCAGGGAUAGCAACUUCACAAGGAGAACUUCGUGAAGGACAAGGAAAGAUGCUUGAAACGUUGGAAGAGGGAAUGAUAAUGCUAAAUGAUUCUCACAACAAACUAGGCCAAGACAUUAGUCACUUGGGAAAUAAAACGGUAGAAAUACAAAGUCACAUCAUUAAGGUCGGGGAUUCAAUGGCAUCAAAAAUGAAUGUUUUGCAAAGCACAGCUGAAGACAUCGGGAAUGUAACAGAAGUUACUCUCGAUAGGCAAAAUGAACUUUUGGCUGGACAAUCAGCAGCUGUUGAAGGUCUUCGCAGACUGAAUGAUUUCAUGUCUCAGGCACUUCAAGAGAGCAAGGUUAUUAUGCAGCAACUAGCUGAAUUUGGUCACAGGCAGCAAGAAGAGCUUUUAAAUCGACAAAAACAACUAGAAUUAGCUCAUGAUCAUUUGGUUGAGAAUUCAAGGACAAUUUUGGAAGCUCAGGAAGCCUUUGAAUUAAAGCAAGCAACUAUGUUUCUUGCAAUAGACAAGCUCUUUGCUCUACAUAAUGCUAUUCUGCUGGAAUCUCGACUAAUCAAAGCUUUCAUUAUGUACUCGAUAGCAACUUUUGUUAUCUACAUGUUCACCAGUACUAAGCAAACAUACACCAUGAGACCUCAGCUUUAUAUGGGUUUAUGUGUUACAUUCUUGAUUGAAUUUCUUGUACUGAAGUACUGGGAAAGUGGCACCGAUUAUCAUGCAUCGAUUACAUAUUUUGUUAGGCUGGGGUUCGUGCUUUGUGCUUCAGCUCAGCUUCUCUAUGCAAUUUAUACAUACAGGGACUAUGAAACACUGAACCAUCAGAUGCUUUUAACACUAGUGGAGAAGUUUAAUGUCAUGCAAAAGCAUAAAGAAUUUUCACAGGACAUGGACAGUGACGACGACUGGUCUGCGUUCAUUGAUUCCGACUUGCCAGAAGAUGUAGACAAAUUGGAAGAUCCUGACUUUAUGAUCCCAGAGGAAGUCGGAGAGAAUUCUAUAGUAUCCUCUACAACUACUAGAAGAUAUAAUCUACGCAGCAGACGUCGUUCUUAAUCUGUAGUCUUCACUUCCCUGAACUAAAAUUAUAUGUAAUACGAGGAGGUUAGCAGUUAAGAUGCAAUGUAACAACUUCAAGAUGCUUGGUUAACCUCUAGAUGUUUGAUAUAAUCUGGGAAUGACCUUAACACUCUGAUGAAUAGAAAUAUAGAUUUCAAUAGCUAAUAUAAUUGUGUAUCUUGCAGUUUUGAUGAUGAAAUAUAAAACAUAUUAUUAGUUUAUUAUCCAAA